AUGGAUAAAAUAAUAUUCAAACUAAGUAAACUAGAAACCCUAUGGGAAGAGUUUCGACGUGCAAACGAGGGUGACGACUAUGGAAAUCAGUCCGAGUGGGCAAAGAAGCAGCUGGAGGGAGUCGAACGUGAGCUUGAAGCCACACUCAGAGAAGCUUCGAUGUGGAAAGAGCGGCUCAGAGCGGAAAUAGAAGAUUUAUUGCUCAAAAUACACGAGAUGUUUCAUCUCUUCGGCCGCCAAGCAGAAAACACUGUAUUGGAAGCAGCAGGUUUACCGAUUGCAUUCAAUGCCAAGACAAGGGAUAGACUACAAUCUCUCCAUGACAGUUUGUCUGAGGAAAUAAAUGUUACACGGAAUAAUUUGAAAGUGUGGAUCGAGGGAAUCAAGCAAAUCGUCAAGGAACUAGGAACUACAGAAUUGGAUUUAUCGAUUGAGCUACUGCAAGAAUCUACUGCAAGAAUCAACUUUUUCAUUAACAUUGACAAUCGACCUCUAUUACAGAACUUUGAAAACGAUCUAAGCACUGCAGCAGUCCAACCGAUCUGGUUCAAGUACGAUGCAUUAAAUCGCUUGAUAUCAACUCGCCGUGAUGCGUUUGAAGAUUCUGCUAUAAAGCUUCACUUUUAUUGGACAGCAUUUUCGUACGCUCCUGUCGACGACAUAGAUCACGCUCUCGCAAAGUUAUUCGCGGACAAGCCUUCCUUAAUGGAUGCUCUGAAUAAUAACAGUAAUGCCGACGAACAAGCAAGCGGGACAACGAAUGAGAAAGAUGAUCAAGUGCUAGUAAAGAAUGAUAUUCAAAACGGAGAUAUUUCCGUCACUCCUAAUCACAUCAAUGCCAAUACCGCCAACUCGUAUACACUGCCAGUAACAUCCAAAGCAGCAAUUACCACUCCCUACACACCACCGCCUAUGCUGACAUACACUUAUUACUCCACAUCACUUCCGUCAGGCCUGUUUCUCUCUGACGAACAAUUGGAGGCAUUACAGAACAAAGUUACCUUCUUCGAGCGAGAUUAUGUCGAGAGAAGAGAUAGAAGGGAUGCGAUGGUUAAAACUAUCACUGGUUUGUGGGAGGAAUUGAGUAUACCCGAGGACGAUCGAAGAGUGAUUGUUAGGAAUUCAGUCGAGGAAGAGUAUUUGAACGAGCUGUCUGCAGAGCACGAACGACUUCGUGCAAUUAUGCGAGAGAUCGUUCAAAAGGCGAUCGAAGAAUACACAGCACAGUUGGAAGAUCUCUGGGAUAAAUGUCUUGUUCCGCAGAGCGAGCGAGCCGAGUUUAUUGUUAACUUGCACGAGAUCUCAUCGAGUGAGGAAGUUUACCAUGUCCUUGCGUCGGAAGUUGCCAGAUUGCAAGAACUCUAUGCAAAAUGUGCCGAAAUAUAUCGCCUUAUGCUCGAAAGGAAAUCGCUGAUCGAAAAAAUGAUAGAUUUCGAAAAACAUGCGUCGGAUCCAAAGAGGUUGUUCCAAUCUUCGUUCAGAUUGCUCGAAGAAGAGAAGUGGAGAAAGACCUGUUGGCCCAACUUGGUUAGACUUGAGAAAAGACUCGUCGAUGCUUGUUUGGAGUAUGAGACAAAUGAGAGAAAGCCAUUUAUGCACGAAGGCAAACGAUACCUAGAGGGUCUUGAGGAAGAAAUCAGCGAGCGUGUUGUGAAUAAGAUGUUCUUUGGUUUCGAACAUGGAAAUAAAACACCUGCGCAAGCCCGGUCAAGAAACAUUACUCGUCCGUCUGCCCCAGUAUCUCCAGCAACAUCACGUCCAUCCUCUCCAACUCGUGCCAGCCGUCGUGGCAGUAUGUACAUCGAUGCUAAGGCAGACACGAAUGGUACUAGACCUCAACGAGGAACGUCGCCGAGCGGUCGUCAAAGUAGGAGACCUAGCGUGGCCAUUCCCAACGGCAACGAGACAGGAAAUAAUACACCAUCGCAAAGUCGACGCUCGUCGAUGUAUUUAGAUCCUAACUCGGCGAUCAGGCGGCCUAAACGCAGUAGUAGUGUUUCGUCGAAUUCCUCGACAUCGAGUAUAUCGAGCGUCUCUACACCAACUUCAGUAACGCCGGAUCCUAGAAGUAUAGCUUCGGCCCUUAAGAAAGUCGGAUCAGGUAAUAGUGCGCUGAAGCCAAUAAGAGCGUCAUCUAUACCAGUGAGACCUCACACGCCGGGAAAGGAUGCUAACAAGCCACAGAGGAGGCAGACAGCCAACGUGAAUGGAAGUAGGACUAGGCCAAAGAGUGUAAUAUUAACUGAUUCUGGGAAUGGAUUGAUGGGAAAGAAAUUAAUCAAUACAAAGAGGAUGUCAGUCGUGAGUGAGAGUAAACGGUGA